UGCCGCGUGUCAACACCUGAUCCAAUCAGAAACACAUCUCCUAUCUCCAUUGGAUAAGCCCCUUCCAUGCUUACAAAUCCAAUACCCUCUCCCACUGUCAAAAACUGAGAAAGGAAAAACCAGGAGAGAAAAAAGAGAGGAAAAGGUAGUUGCAGAAAUGGCCUCUGUUUGUGCAUCUUCUUCGACAAUCGCUGCUGCGACCAUCUCCGCUUCCAGCUCUCAGAAGAAUGUUAAAGCUUCCUUCUUGGGAGGAAGGUCACUUAGACAGGGCAAGGUAUGGGUUCCUGUCUCCAGGAGAUCCCUGACAGUGUCUGCAGCUGUUGCCUCUGAAAGGCCUCUCUGGUUUCCUGGCAGCACCCCUCCUGAAUGGCUUGAUGGAAGCCUUCCUGGAGACUUCGGGUUCGAUCCUCUUGGGCUUGGUUCUGACCCUGAAAGCCUAAGAUGGAACCAACAAGCAGAGCUGGUCCACUGCCGGUGGGCUAUGCUUGGUGCUGCAGGCAUCUUCAUCCCUGAAUUCCUUACAAAAUUGGGCAUUCUCAACACCCCCUCAUGGUACACAGCUGGUGAGCAAGAGUACUUCACCGAUACCACCACCCUCUUUGUAGUUGAGCUCAUAUUCAUCGGUUGGGCUGAGGGUAGAAGGUGGGCCGAUAUCAUAAAGCCAGGGUGUGUCAAUACUGACCCAAUCUUCCCUAACAACAAGCUUACGGGCACCGAUGUGGGUUACCCAGGUGGCCUAUGGUUUGACCCACUUGGUUGGGGAUCUGGGUCACCUGAGCAGCUUAAGGAGCUAAGGACUAAGGAGAUCAAGAAUGGGAGAUUGGCUAUGUUGGCAGUCAUGGGUGCAUGGUUCCAAGCCGUCUAUACAGGCACUGGACCCAUCGAUAACCUUUUUGCCCACCUUGCUGACCCUGGCCAUGCCACCAUCUUCAGUGCCUUCACCCCUAAGUGAGGAAAGGUACAUCGGCUUUGGAGGUAUUGCUGGAUCAGAAAUCAGACAUGGCUGUAAUAUUUUGACUGGAUCAGGAGUUGUAUUUCUAAGGAGGAGGACUUGUAAUGUAAUCCUGGAUUGGAGUGUAUGUAUUUAUAUAAUUUGUUUAAGUUCACUGUAUCUGUCAUAGCAGUUC